CGCAGCCUGUUACCGUCUCGCGGACACUCACCGUCACCGCCGCCUCCACCGGCGUACUCUCACCGAGUAAAAGUCAAGAUGGCGACUGAGGGUCAGUUCGAGUACGAAUCGAUCCUCUGCGUCAAACCCGAAGUCAACGUUUACCGAAUCCCUCCGAGAGCAUCUAACCGGGCCAUCAGGGCAGCCGAUUGGAAGCUGGAUGCUCCUGACUGGACGGGGCGCAUGCGUGUGACGGCCCGGGGCAAAGUGGCUUUCGUGAAGCUGGAAGACAAAAUCUCUGGGGAGCUGUUCGCCCAGGCUCCAGUGGAAGAAUACCCCGGCAUCGCAGUGGAAACAGUGAGCGACUCAAGCCGUUACUUUGUGCUCCGCAUUCAGGAUGACAACGGCCGCAGCGCAUUCAUCGGCAUUGGCUUUGGAGACCGAGGCGAUGCCUUUGACUUCAAUGUGGCGCUUCAGGACCAUUUUAAGUGGGUGAAACAGGAAAAUGAAUUUAGCAAGCAGGCUCAGGCUCCGGACACCACUCCUAAACUGGACCUGGGCUUCAAAGAAGGACAGACUAUCACACUUAAUAUCGGGCAAUCCAAAAAGAAGGACAGGUCCCGUCCACAGAGCUCAGGAGGUCUCGGGCUUCUUCCACCGCCCCCCGGGGGCAAGUUAGCUCCGCCCCCCUCAUCCCGAUCGACUAACCACAACACACAGUCAUCAGUGGGAGGAAAUGACACCGGAUGUUUACUCGACCUGGACUCCAGCAACUCCAACUCAGUGGCUCCAUCCAACCCCACCUCCACCUCCGCCUCCACAGCCAGCUCAGACCUGUGGGGUGACUUCGAUUCCGUGUCUUCGAAGUGAGGAGACACUCGCCCGGCUCUCCUUCCUCCUUUCGCUCUCUAAAUUUAUGCAGCUCUUCUUACGACUUUGUGUUUUUUCCUGCGAGCGGGUCCUGUAUCUUUCCCUGCCAAGCAGGGUGACCCUCCCACUGUUUAAUUCCUCCUGGUUUUUUUGUUCAGACCUCACAUCAGUCUUAAAAAAGGCACAUUCGUAAACACUAGUUAUCUCUACCUACCCGGCAUUCCUGUCCCCCUCAUUCAUGUUUCAAUUCCGGCUUUUGCCUUUUUCUUCCUUCUUUGAGCUCAUUUCUCUCUUAGAAUAUACAUAUUAGAUGGCAGCAGGGGAGGCAUAAUCUAAUCAACAUCUAAAGAUCCAGUCUGAUGCUAAUAUAUAAAUGAAUGAAGUUUAUGUACAGAGAAUAUUUAUUUUAAAUGUGUACACAUAAAUAUCGUCGGUGGUUUGUAAUUAUCGUCAUCGUUGUCGUUAUUUUUAUGUACCGUAGCUUAUUUUUCUGAAAGUCUCCAGAAGUGGGACUUGACUAUAUGCACUGACUGACAGUCGAGCCUGUCAAUGUAGUUAGUUUGGAAGUCUUAUGUCGGGAUCGUUCAAUAUGAGAUUCAAAUGAUCGCAACGUUUACCACAAAAUGCUUUUUACUUGAAAGAACAGUGAUUUACAGAGCAGGCGCCACUCGGCCCUGCAGCUGUCGAACACAUAUCCCGCCGGGACGGGUCACAGGAGCCGCGCACGUCGCCGUGACUGUAAAGUCAAGACACGUGGAGGUAGGAAUGUUGCGACGGAGAGGGUGUCGGCGGAAGAAAAAGAGGCAGCAAGUGCUUUUUAUCUUUGCCUCGGGGGGGAAAAGAGAGAUGAUUUAGUCCAUGUUAUGUCAUCUCCACUCAACACAGCUGUUCAAGCUGCGACUGGUGAGUCACUGAGGUCACGACCUCCCUCCUCCUCAAUGAAUAGGUCUGUGUUUCUGCAUUUGUAUGGUCAGUCUGGGGGGGGGGGAGCUUAAUCUCCUUAAUUCUUUGUGAGAACGGUGAUCAAACACAGCAUGUUGCACUGUACGAUUGAGUUUUACUGUGAACUUCGAUUCCAUGUGAAGAUGUGACGUUAUUAAUGGUAUCCGAACGCGGUGUGAGAGAAACAAGCUCGUCUUGUGUUCGACGCAGUGUUUAGUUGUGAAUUUGUCUUGUACCGAGAGCCGGAUUAUGUUGUACUGAUAUCUAAUGCACAUGUGCUGUGACAAAUGUGCACUGGCGAGAUGGGUUUUGACUGGAGCACACAGAGAUGGUGUUUAGCGUAAACCCCUAACAGUAUUCGUCAGUGUUUGUUCAUUGUCCAGAUUAUAUACAUUUCUCCCAAAAUGUUACACGUUAUUCAAAAUGCAAAUGUGUAUGGAAGCUAAUAUGCAAAAGAAAAAUACAAAGAAAAUUAUCAAAAACUUGAAGUUUCA